AAUGUAUUCGAACACAGGACGUUAUCAUGAAAUACUCAAUUCCGUUAGGGAAUUUAUGAAGUUGCAUGACGUUCCUAAGGCACUUAACGAAAGGGUCAUGGAUUAUGUCGUAUCUACAUGGGCUAUCACUAAGGGAAUCGAUACUACUAAGGUGCUCAAUUACUGUCCAAAAGACAUGAAAGCCGACAUUUGCGUGCAUCUAAACAGGCAUGUUUUCAAUGAACAUCCCGCCUUCCGGCUAGCUAGUGAUGGAUGUUUGAGAGCCCUGGCCGUCCAUAUCAGUAUGAGCCACAGCGCUCCAGGGGAUCUUCUCUUCCAUCAGGGCGAAUCUCUGGACCUUUUAUGCUUUAUAGUAGCCGGCUCCUUAGAAGUCAUUCAGGACGACGAGGUAGUUGCCAUUUUAGGCAAAGGUGACGUUUUCGGAGAUUUAUUUUGGAAGGAAAUGACUAUAGGACAAUCAACAGCUAACGUUAGAGCGUUGACUUAUUGCGAUUUGCACGUAAUAAAACGUGAGCGGUUGCUUGAUGUACUUGAAUUUUAUCACGCUUUUGCAAACUCCUUCGCGAGAAACUUAACUCUGACAUACAAUCUCAGGCAUAGAUUGAUAUUUAGAAAACUCGCUGAUGUUAAAAGAGAGAAAGAAUUAGCUGAGAAAAGGAAAAAUGAUCCUCCUCUGGAUCUCUCAACAGAUCAUCCAGUUAGAAAACUAAUAUCUAGGUUCCGAAAGAUCAGUGAUAACAAACUCACUGUAUCAACUGAUGUUGAAAAGGGUGAGGUCAACCAUUUGGAAGAAGCAAAAACACCGGAGCAGACAAAGCCGCAGUCAAAAUGGGUUAAAGCGCUCGAAGAAGGCAAUAAUAAUGCAUCAAAGAACUUGGCUGCGCAAAUUACCAAGAAAACAGAAACCCCUCCUUUAAAGAAGCCAAUGUCUAGAUGGGGCAAAAUUCUUGGCCAGCAGGAACCAGUUAUUCAAGAGGAGAACGAGAAUAGUGCUCUAGGAAUGCUUGCUGGCUCCGUUCCACUUUCAGCCAUUAAACGGUCAACCAUGUUAAAGAAAACGGAAUCUUUGGAUUCCGGAGUUGCUCAUCAACAACCUCCUCCUCCACAGUCUACUCAAACGCUCUCCCCUGCGGAACAGCAAUUGAUAGCAUCUUUAUACGACAUAAAGCUUGAAAUAAAGGAAGAAAUUGAAAGUCUCAAUACGAAAAUGACAAAAAUUGAUGAACAAAUAGGCGAUAUUUUAAAAAUGUUUACGCCAAAUUCAACACCUUUUUCAACUUCUUGUUCAAGAAGCUUGCAAUCCGGAACAGACUCAUCUGGAUCUGCAACCUCUCCAAAAGGUAGUCUGCAAAGUUCGCCACGGCAUAGGCCGGGAGUUAUUCCUCAUCAUCCACCACCUCCACAAAUACCACAAACACCUUCUUCUCCGCAAGGACGAACAGUUACCCCUCCUUCAAGACCGGGCUCUAACGGUUCAGGGGCAGAAAGUUCUAGUUCUAAAGGUUCUGCAAAAAAGAAGAGAAAAAAAAGCAACAAGGUGUCAGAUGAAACUCAUGAAUUACGACGACUUACUCCGCCUAGUAAAGAAGAAGAUGAAGUUCCAUUUAAAGAUCGAGAUUUGGAUACUCUAUGA